AUGGCUCUGGUGAACCCCAAGAGUGUCCACAGAGCCUUGGAUGCUGGACUGAGGAGGCUGAUGGAGAAAAACUGCAGGGAGAGGGUGGGGGGGGUCCUGGACGGGCUCCUGGAGACCUACCCUUGGCGACCCCCCCUCGCCCUGGAUUUCAAGGCUUUCGGCGCAGACAACCAAGGUGGGAGCUCCAGUUCUUCCCCAGUGACCUCCAGUGGUGGUGGGACACCUUCUCCUCUCAACACCCUGCUCUCUCCAUCCUGCUCACCUCCAACACUUCACUUCUCAGCCAGCGGCGUCGGCGUGUCGUGCCCCGAGACCUACCUGCACAACCUCAACCUGCCCCUCUACUACAAGAUUUGUCCUACCAGCUUCCUAAGGCAACAGUCUCUCCUCUUCCCAAGCCACGAAAAGCUGGGAGGCACCAACCCACACCUCCUACCCCACUUCAUGGUGGAUGUGCCCAAACUCUCCUCCCUCGCCAUAACCAACCUGAAAAGCGCCAAAGCCGAAGACUCGAACGGGCAAUGUCUGCAAGUACCCGGCUCUGCUGGUCAAGUGCUGUAUGGAUUACAUGCAUCUGGAAACAUUUUCCCAUCGAGUCCCAUGGCUCGGGAAGCACUUAAUUGUUCUUUACAUCCUCCAUAUGGCUUGUAUGGUUACAACUUCUCCGUGCCAUCCAGGCUGAUGACUGCGACGAGCCAUUUCAAAGUGAGCGACGGCGUCCCCGCUUCCCUGCGGGACGGCAGAUGUAACCACUCCAGCUGGCACCCCACCAUUAACCAUUGCCUCUAG